AUUUUAUUUAUUUUGGAUACGCCGAGGGGGCGUCCCCGUGGAAGCAGCACCGUCGCUCUGUUUUGGUUCGUCGUCACAUGUUUUUUGACACGGCUCGUCCUGGACUUUUUCCUCUCAAUUUCGGACGGAUUUGCAGAUUUUAUAGAGUGACCCAAAAAUGAUUUUGUCACGGCUCGGAAAGCACCAGGCAAAGAAUGUGCGAGGAUCCGUAGUUGGAGCUAUUCGACUAAAAAGUUCGUCGAACGAAUACGAUUACCAAUUCAUCCAAAAGAGCCGCCUUCCAUCGAACCACUUCCAAAAGUCUUUGCCCCGUUUGCCGAUUCCCAAACUAGAAAACACCAGGGAGCGUUACCUGAACGCGCAGAAACCUUUGCUGGGCGAGGGCUCGGACGCAUUCAAUGCCACCACGAAGCACGUCGAUGACUUUGUGAAGGGCGAAGGCGCUAAACUGCAGGAGCAGCUGAUUGCGGAGGACAAGGCCAACAAGCACACCAACUACAUCUCGGGACCCUGGUUUGACAUGUACCUCAAGGACAGGGUACCUCUGCCGAUCAACUACAACCCCAUUCUGGUGCUGGUCAAUGACCCAAAACCAGGGUACAACGACCAAGUCAUCAGGGCCACCAACAUGUUGAUUUCUUCCCUCAGGAUCUUGAAGUCUUUGCGAGCAGGAAUCUUGGCUCCAGAGGUGUUCCACUUGAACCCAAAGAAAAGUGAUACCGACUUAUUUUACACUGUCACAGGAUUAUUGCCCUCCUCUGUGUCAUGGUAUGGAGCCUAUCUCUUCAAGGCUUUCCCAUUGGACAUGUCGCAAUACGGAAACCUGUUCAACUCAACCCGUGUUCCGUGCGUGGGAAAAGACAAAAUAGUGAAAAAUGACAAAGCCAACCACAUGCUUGUCAUGAGGAAUGGAAACUUCUAUGUCUUUGACGCUUUGGACAAGAAUGGAAACAUUCUCCCUCCAUCUGAUCUUUUAGCGUGCAUUGAUUACAUCGCGAAAAACGCAUCUGCUGCUUCCGAAUUUCCCAUUGGGGUUCUCACGUCUGAAAACAGGGACGUGUGGGCCAAGGCGAGACAGGAGCUUGAGGCCCAGGGCAACGCUGAGGUCUUGAACAUCAUUGACUCAAGUAUUUUCAAUCUGAGCUUGGACGAUGAGGCUGUUGGAAGCAAUAGGGAAAAGUUGCUUCGCAGUUACCUCCAUUCAGACGGAGCGAAUAGGUGGUUUGACAAGUCGUUCUCCUUGAUCAUUGGCAAGGAUGGCACUGCUGGAAUCAAUUUUGAGCAUUCCUGGGGCGAUGGAGUGGCUGUCCUCCGUUACUUCACCGACAUGUUCAAGGACAGCACCAAUAAACCUCAAGUGCAUCCUGAUACAAAAUCAAACUUUGAUGCCGCAAACCACGUCAGGAAACUUGAAUUCAAGCUGAACGAUAGUAUCAAGAAAAGCAUCGCAGAGGCCAAGAGGAAGCACGCCGAGAUAUCCAAGUCACUGGCGUUUGACGUUUUAGAGAUGCACAACUAUGGAAAGAAACUGUGCAAGAAGCACGGGGUCAGUCCGGACUCAAUCAUGCAGCUGGGAUUCCAAGUCGGCUACCACAAACUGUCCGGCAAGAACGUGGCCACCUACGAGUCGUGCAGCACGGCCGCCUUCCGCCAUGGCCGCACUGAGACCAUGAGGCCGUGCACCAUGGCUACUCAGGCUGUGUGCAAUGCGUUGAACGGAUCCAACCAGCCCUCCAAUGCUGAGCUCCUCACAAUGAUCAAGAAGUGCUCUGAAGUGCACGGAAACCUUACUAAAGACGCUGCAAUGGGUCAAGGUUUUGACCGGCAUCUCUUUGGUCUUCGACGCCUUGCUGAACAGAAGGGAGCACUUCCUGCAAUCUUCUCUGACCCAGCCUACGCUGCCAUUAACCACAACAUCCUUUCCACUUCUACUCUCUCGUCAGACAUUGUCAUGGCUGGGGCUUUUGGGCCUGUUGUUAAGGAUGGACUUGGAAUUGGGUAUAGCAUCAUGAACGACAUGCUGGGAGCCAUUGUCAGCAGCUAUCCUCCCAAUAAUAACGGGGCUGGUUUUGUCUCCGCCCUAAAGACUGCUUAUGAAAACAUUUUCAAUGUUCUGGAGACUGCCAAUAAGUCUUAAUUUCCUUGAGUUGGGGUGAAAACGCCUAUUUUGUAACAUUUUUGUUCAUGUUUCAUUUUUUCUAAAUGUUUGGUUGACCAUGUAAUCAUAGGCUAUCUUAAGCUUGCUUGAUGAUGUAUUAAUUGUUAUUUGUUCGAAAUGCAAGUUUUUAUUUAAACAUUGUUCGCGACAAAAUAAAAUAGUUAUAUUUCUUAAA